GUUCCGGGUUGUGGACGAAGUUCCUUCUUAAUUGCCGUGACCUAAACUCUUGAUAGCUUACGUUUUUCCCGGUAAUCAUUGACUAUAUGAUGACGGACGUGUGCACGAUUAAUUUAUGAAGCAUUAGAAGCCAGAUCUGCGGCGUGUCUACAUUAUGGAUUUCAAGGAUAUCAACGACAGUUUGGCCAACGUCACCGAGUUGGAGCCGUUCGACUUUUACCAGGUGGAGACGCUGACCUUCCUCUGGAUCCUGUUCGCCUGCAUUGUUCUUGGCAACAGCGCCGUGCUGGCAGCACUGCCCAAGGGCAGAAAGUCUCGCAUGAACUUCUUCAUAAUGCACCUCGCCAUUGCAGAUCUCGGCGUGGGUCUGGUGAGCGUCCUAACCGACAUCAUCUGGAAAACAACUGUCGACUGGCACGGAGGCAACUUCGGCUGCAAAAUAGUAAAAUUUGCACAGGUGCUGGUAACAUACUCUUCGACUUACGUGCUGGUGGCAUUGAGCAUCGACCGGUACGACGCCAUCACUAGGCCUAUGAAUUUUUCCGGAAGCUGGAGGCGUGCACGCUGGCUGGUAUCGCUGGCCUGGGCUACGUCCGUCGCCAUGUCCUUGCCCUCCAUUUUUCUCAACGGGGAGGCAAUGGUGCACGGCCGUCUACAGUGCUGGAUCGAACUGGAGCUGUGGCAGUGGCAAGUCUACAUGACGCUGGUGGCUGGCUCACUAUUCUUUGUGCCGGCCCUGCUUAUCGCUGCCUGCUACAGCGUCAUCGUCUACACCAUAUGGGAGCGGAGCAAGAUACUAAGAGGUGCAGUGUGUACACAGGUUGUCUGUCAUUUCGCAGGUGUUCACGGCAAAGAGAUCGACACGAGACGAACAAGUUCUCGAGGAGUGAUUCCCAAAGCGAAAGUCAAGACAGUCAAGAUGACUCUUAUCAUAGUUCUAGCCUUCGUGUUCUGCUGGAGCCCUUACUUCGUCUACGACCUCCUUCAAGUGUACGGCGCGACGCCCAAGACCCAGGCAGCCAUUGCCGUAGCGACUUUCAUCCAGAGCCUAGCGCCGCUUAACAGCGUCGCGAACCCACUCAUCUACUGCUUCUUUUCAAGCAACAUGUGCCGCCACAUUAGGCACGAAGCUCUCCUCACCUUGUCGCCCCAUGAGCCGCCGUCUUUAUGAUCCGCGCGUCUCGCCCGCGGAUCAGGCAACCGGUCGUACCUGACGCAUUCGACGGCGGUAUCGAACUCGGUGCUCUGAGGGCGGGUGACUCUGCUACCCGUGCGCCCGAUGACUAAAAAGCAAAGUUUGUCGCACAUGUCGCAAAGCAUGGGGUGUUGGGGAGU